AUGUAUUUUUUAGGUGAAUCUAACAUCUAUACGCUUGGAAACAUAGGCGAUCAUGUCGUAGUUUCAACCAAAUUGUCAGCAGUGGGUUCUUCUCGAUCAGCAAUGAUAUCCGCAGGGAGCAUUACCACUCGAUUGCUUGGUACCUUUCCCGGCGUUGAACAUGUGUUUAUCGUCGGUGCUGGUGGCGGAGUGCCGGAUUUAUCGGACAAUAAGCGGGGCGUUCGCUUGGGGGACGUCGUUAUUUCUGCCCCUUCUCCGAAUCGCGGGAAGGACUUACAUCGAAGCCGGGAAACAAAUGAAGUCGAAGGUUUCACCGUAAAUUCCUGGAUACCAGAUGAAUCUGCCAUUGAAUCCAUAUACGUUGCUGAAGGCAUUAAAGUGUUGUCUGAGGCAGGCGUGUGCGAAAGAUUCUCCUUCGACAGGCCUCCCAUCGAAACUGACAUUGUUACAUCUAAGACAAAGUCACAGAUGGAAAAGAACUCGCUGCCGCUAUUGCACCUGGGACCGAUUGGCGCCGGUCGCUUGGUAGCUCGGGUGUCAAUGUUGAGGAACGAAUUCGCACGACGUUACGGAGUUAUCUGUUUCGAUGCUGAGUUCGACGCAGUCGUACAGUCCAUCUUUGGCAACAGGAUUGGUAGCUGGGCACUAAUCCGAGGCAUUGCCGACUACGUCGACGGCACGAAGAGCAAACAGUGGCAGCCGUACGCAGCGAUGCAAUCAGCCGCCGUCCUGAAAACCCUCCUGCUGAACAUGCCUCCUCAGAAAUAA